AUGGCAGCUGCCCUGAAGCAAGUAAAGGCCAACCCUUCCACAGUGGCAUCUGACAAGACGGAGAGUAUCUCUGGAGCUUCGGGAGGCGACGGACCUUCCGUCAAGGUUGGUGGGAGUGACGGUGGAAGAGUUGGUGGUGAUGGGAGCGACAAUGGAUCAGUUAUAGGAAGCAGUCCUCACAGUGACUCCAGUAAACCAAGCAACGGUGGGAAGCCGGUAAGAAAGCUCUCGCAGUGGAGCCUCCUCAAGAAGAAGCUGAAUAUUCGCAAUGGCGUCGCGGUCAGCGGAAGUGUAGGUGGUGGCAGCGGUGGGAUCAAAGGAACACUGUCCCUUGGAAACCCACUCCUCAUCCGCACUGCCUCCAAGAAGUCAAUCCUAACCAGCACAAGCAACAACUACAACUCUGCAGAGUCCGUACGACUCGAGAACACCUACCAGUUGGGACCCGACAGACAGCACACCUUUCGUCCGUUGCGCGUCCAGCAUGAAGUCGAGCUACUCUUGGACCAGAUCUUGGAGAAGGAGAGGUACGACCCCUCUAGGAGUGGCUUUCUGACAGUCCGUAUUGCAGAAGCUGUCAAGGAUAGGGUUAAGACUCUAGGGUUCGUGAGGCACAAGUUGGUCGUCCAGACCAUGCUCAGUUCGGCAGGAGGACAGAGUUUUGAGAUUGCCAGCCGAUGUCUCUGGAAUGCCGACACCGAUAAUUACACGACGGCAGUUUAUCAGAACCCCACCCUCUUUGCAAUAGUGUCAGUGUAUGGAUUGUACUACGAGUGA